UUGGUGCACAUUGCACAUACCUCCUCAGUGAAGGGGCGCAGUGAGAAAUGUAAUGGAUGGCACAUGUGCAACAAAGUCAGUGUUUCAGAUUCUCAGAAAGCUACAGAGACAAUAAUAAGGGCAAUUCAACAAGAAAGAUUCCCAGAGGAGCUCAAGGCAAUCAAAGAAGGAAGGAACUUGUCCAGGGGAAGCCCUUUAACAAAGCUCUCUCCCUACAUAGACAAGGCUGGUCUCCUCAGGGUCGGUGGACGCCUUCUCCAGUCAGACCUUGAAAGUGUUGAGAAAAACCCCUACAUUAUGCCACGUAGUUGUCACAUAGCCAACCUGUUGAUCCGCCACUACCAUGAGAAAAUCAGGCACCAAGGGCGCCACCUCACAGAGGGUGCUUUGAGAUCUGCAGGUUACUGGAUUAUGGGGGGUAAACGCCAGAUUAGCAGUCUCAUUCACUCUUGUGUAGCUUGCCGCAAGCUAAGGGGUGGGACACAAUCUCAAAAAAUGGCUGAUCUACCCCCAGAACGCUUGAGCACCGAUCCUCCAUUUUCCUAUGUGGGGCUUGAUGUGUUCGGGCCAUGGAUGGUCACUUCACGCCGCACCCGAGGUGGCCUCGCAAACAGCAAACGCUGGGCAGUAAUGUUCACCUGCAUGAGCACAAGAGCCGUUCACCUGGAGGCCAUAGAGUCUAUGGACACGUCCAAUUUUAUCAACGCUCUUCGCAGGUUCCUUUCUAUAAGGGGGCCUGCAAAACAACUGAGAUCAGACUGUGGGACUAACUUCACAGGGGCGUGCAAGGAGUUGGGGUUUGACAUCAAAAUCUCUUCUGACCCAAAUGUCAAGGCAUUUCUCAACGACAGUGGCUGCACGUGGAUUUUCAACCCUCCGCACUCUUCACAUAUGGGAGGUAGUUGGGAGCGGAUGAUUGGAAUCGCACGUAAGAUCUUGGACACCCAGCUUGCUCAACUUGGAACUCAACACCUCACUCAUGACGUUCUGAUCACCUUUUUGGCAGAGGUGGCUGCAAUCAUGAACGCUCGACCGUUGGUUUCGGUGUCAAGUGACCCAGAUUCCCCUCUCAUCCUUACUCCAGCCACGCUUCUCACUCAGAAGGUCGGAGCUGUUCCUGUACCUCAAGGCGACUUUGGAGAAAAAGACCUUUACAAACGUCAGUGGAGACAAGUUCAGAGUCUGGCUAACUCCUUCUGGCAUCGUUGGCGGAAGGAAUACCUUUCAACACUGCAGUGCCGACGUAAAUGGAAGGAGCCUAGACCCAACCUUCGGCAGGGGGAUGUUGUUCUCCUGAAGGACCCAUUGGUAAAGAGGAACCAAUGGCCUAUGGGAGUCAUAGUGAAAGCUCACCCCAGUAGCGAUGGACAUGUUAGAAAGGUCGAAGUUAAGGUGAUAAAGGAUGGCAAGAGUCGGGUGUAUUUAAGACCAGUUACAGAUGUUGUUCUUCUUUUAUCUGAUGUCAUGCAAUAAGUUGCAAAGGAUAUGUUACUAAGGGUGUGACAUUUUACUAAUGUCAGGCGGGGAGUGUUCUGGCUCCUUAUGAGCCAUUAUUGUUUGUUCUAUGUGACAUUGUUUGCCUUGUUGUAUUUUACAUUGUUUAUUCAGUUUAAUUCUGAAAAUCGGAAAACCGGAAGUCACAGAGUCAGCACUUCCUGUUUAGCGAUGCGCUACGUUAGCAGCUUCGUUUAGGCGGAGCACAGCCUUUUUACUCUGACCAAUGGAGUAUUGAAUAAAGCUCAGUAAUGACAACUAUUCAUGCUUCAUCAUUGGGAAGAGUUAUCUAUCUGUCUAGCAACCAGAGCGAGGGCAGAAUA